AUGGCACAGCAACAAGCUGAUAAUGUGAUGCGAAGGAAGCUUGUGAUCAUCGGAGAUGGCGCCUGUGGGAAAACUAGUUUACUCAGCGUCUUCACCCUCGGCUACUUUCCUACUCACUACGUGCCCACGGUAUUCGAAAACUAUGUGACCGAUUGUCGAGUCGAUGGUCGAUCAGUACAACUGGCUCUUUGGGAUACCGCAGGACAAGAAGACUACGAGCGACUGCGACCACUGGCAUAUUCGAAAGCACAUGUUCUUCUGAUCGGUUUCUCAGUAGACACGCCGGAUUCGCUGGAGAACGUUAAACACAAGUGGAUCGAAGAAGCGAACGAACGCUGUCCCAACGUGCCUAUCAUCCUAGUUGGGCUCAAGAAGGAUUUGCGCGAUGAUCCAUUAGCCGUCGAAGAAAUGCGCAAAAAGUCACUCAAGUUCGUGACAUCCAAAGAAGGAAACGAGACGGGCGCCCAGAUCGGAGCCCGCAAAUACCUCGAAUGCUCAUCCUUGACGGGUGAGGGUGUUGAUGAUGUCUUCGAGGCAGCCACUCGUGCCGCCCUCUUGACUUUUGACAAUCGCAAAAAUUCCUGCUGUGUGGUUCUAUGA